AUGGAUGACGCCACGAGGCUGAUCUCCGAACUUCAAGCACAGUUGGCAGAGCUGGACCACAAAGUGACUACUUACCGCCAGGACCUCGCCGACGGAUUCUUGCGACAUUCGCGCCAGCUUCUCUCCGAUCUCGAUCCCAGCCUGUCUGCUCGCGUCCAGGACGCCCUCGCCCACUGCCUUGGCUCAUACCCGGCCAUCAGCCCUGCACUAAUAACCGGAUCCGCCGCAGACCUAGAGGCGCCCAUUUUCGGCACGGCGGCACUGGUUACUGGCUCGCCAGCGCUGACAUUUCAGGCCCCAGGCCCCCUAGUCGUUGAAGCCAAGAACUGCUCAGGCUGCAGCGCCCAUGGAGACUGCAACUGCAACCGCGACAGGGCCUCUGGCCACAGCCCCAGCGCAGGCAUCAGCGCCAGCAUCAACGCCAGCACCGGCACCAGCACCAGCACCAGCACCAGCCUCAGCACGGGCACCGAACCCAAAUUCCAGUCCCACACAGCAGCGGCCAGCGCCAACGCCGACCGCCCCUGGUCCCACUUCAGCGACCACAACCAGAAUAACCCCAACCCCAACCCCAACCGGCCUCGACCGAGCUGA